UAAUGUUACUCGCAAACCUGAAUGGAGAGAAAAACUCUACUAAAAGAGCAGCCAGAUUGUGUCUUUCAUUCCUCCAGGAUUUCUGCUUGCAUUUUUCUUUAAGAAGAUUGUUCUACUUAUCUUAAAUAGUGAAGAGUACGUUGUUCCAGCUGCAACUUUUGCGACGAGAAGAUUCGUACAUUGACGCAUUUAGCCUCAAUGGAAUACCUUUUUAGAAGCCCGAUUGAUGUUGAUAUCCACUUGGAAAAUGAAGAAGAACGCUCGUUUGUAGAUAUCGAAUUUGAACAAGGACGGAAGGACAAAGCCCCAGUCUAUGGAAGUGAUGAAUCUGUAAAAGGCGCGGUUAUGAUUCGGUUGAAAGAUGGAAGAAAGUUGGAUCACAAUGGAAUCAAGAUUGAGUUUGUUGGCUGUAUAGAAAAUACAUAUGACAAAGGAAACAUCCAUGAGUUUACAAGGAGUGUGCAAGAGCUUGCUUCCCCUGGAGAAAUGCGACAAGCUCAAAUGUUUGACUUUGAAUUCAAGCAUGUGGAAAAGCCCUAUGAAUCGUACUUUGGGAAAAAUGUAAAACUACGUUACUUUUGCAGAGUUACCGUGACACGAAAAAUGACGGACGUGAUUCGAGAAAAAGAUUUAUGGGUGUAUCGCUAUGAGAAUGAGCCCGAAACGAAUAGCCUCAUCAAGAUGGAUGUCGGUAUUGAUGACUGUCUUCAUAUUGAGUUUGAAUACACGAAGAACAAGUAUCAUUUGCGCGAUGUCAUAGUAGGGAAAAUUUAUUUCAUCCUUGUUCGAAUCAAAGUCCAGCGCAUGGAAGUGAAUAUUAUACGACGAGAGACCAUUGGAACUCCACCAAACCAGUACAGUAAUAGUGAAACCGUGACACGUUUUCAGGUCAUGGAUGGAAAUCCGAAUCGUGGAGAAACGAUUCCUUUGCGCAUGUUUUUGAAUGGCUACUCGCUAACGCCUACGUUUCGCGAUGUCAACAAAAAGUUCAACGUACGCUACUACUUGAGCUUGAUUCUUGUUGAUGAAGACCAACGGCGUUACUUUAAACAAUCGGAAAUUACAUUAUGGAGACGGAAAGACGAACAAGGAAUCAUUGCAUGAAUAUUUGCAUCUUGAGUUGGCGGUGCUCUAACUGAAUAGGAAGCACACUCGAAACAUCACAAAUUUGUCAAAGAAAACCAAAGGGGAAGCAUUGACAAUAGCCAAAUAACUUUCCCCUUUUCUUACCUUGUGAUCAUAUCAUCUAUGAAAGUACUAUUACAAUCUUUUCACGAUAAUUUUUUCCUGCUAAUACUAAUGAAUAUGUUCUUUUAUCAUGAAAUGAAGAAAGGUGAGAAUACAGGAUAGACAACGUUGCAGAUGUAGAAAGUAAUUACAGAAGAAUUGUAUUACAGAAAAAAAUAGUUUCAUCAGAAGCGUUUUACUUUCAGUUCUUGUAAGUCUCCUCCUUCUUCAAAAUGUCCUUGGCCAAAGCAAAGCAAUCAUCCUUAGACUCUUCAGGUGGUUUAUUAACAUUCAAGGUAUAUGCAUCCUUUUCAUCGUCCUUAGGGGCUUGCAUAUCACGUAAUUGGCUCUCCACCAUGUCGGCCUUCAUGUAAUGAUUCUUUCGAGCGCUGGUUCUCUCAAUCAGCACCUCUUUGGGUGCCAUCAAGUAGAUAAAAUGGACGCUGCCAGGACGAUGCUUCAAAGAGUCACGGAGGAUAUUUCUGUAGGCACACUUCAAAGCUGAACAAGUCAUCACAAUCCCUUUUACAUUAGGAUCGUCCAACUGCAUAGCGCAUGCACCUCCGCAAUUGUAAAGCCAACCCCAACGAUCUUCGUCAUUUAAAGGUUGGCCUGAUCCCAUUUUCUCAAUGUUCGCUUUAGGGUGCAAAUCAUCACCCUCGAUGUAUUCAAAACUAAGUUUGUCUGCUAAAAACUUGGCCAUUGUUGUUUUUCCCGAACCAGAGGGACCGAUGAUAAAGAAAAUGGCUUUCUUUUCUAGCAUAUGAGGAUUUAACGACAUAUUUACAAAAAUACUGUAGUUUGGAAUCAGAAAUAAUCCAAAUUACAAAAUUACAAAAUUAAAAAAUAGUAAAUAAGUAAUCUCGAAAACGUGAAUACGAUGGCUAAAGACAAGUUCAGAAAAGAAGAAAAAAGUUUCUGUCGCGUAUGUUUAAACCAACAGCAGUGUCUUUGACUUGUAAAAAGGGAACCUUAACGGGAUUACGAUGGAAAUCGAAAAAAAGGAAACAGGAUCAGCUUACGUCUGAUGAAACACCAGAGGAGAUGUCAUACACAAAGACGUUUUUCAUUUGUGGAGAAGAACGCAUCGUGAACGAACUUUGAAAGAAAUAAAGUUAAAGGAGCGUUCGUUUAAGUUAGCUCUAUUUAGAUUGAUAAGAUAUCAAUUUUUUUUUUUUCUAUUAUAGACGUGUAGGUAAAUAAGAUCGCC